AUGCGUACACCUUCGUUAUUCUUGGCCUCCUUGGCCGUACUUUCCUCAUUUACUUCCGCAGAAGGGGACCGACCAAAAUAUUACUUUCCACGAGAAAUCAAAAGACAAAUUUAUUCAAAUAACACGAUAACGAGCUCUACGGCAGCUGAGACAUCACAUACAAAGGAUGAAUCUUCAAUUACGUCCCGUCUCUCAUCGACAAGUCGUUCACAAUCUGAUAAUGGGGUUCAAGAUACGACUACAAAUAAGAGGGCAUCUUCAAGUAAUUCGUUCUUCGACUCGCUCUCAUCCAUGUUAAAUUUAGGAUCAACACCAACAUCGAUACCUUCAUUGAGUUCAACUACGAGUUUCCCUUCUAGCAGUACAUCCUUGACUACAUCCGUCGUAAGUGAGGUAUCUUCAAAUGAUGUCACGACUGUGGUGAUUAUGAGUACUGUGACUUUAGGAACUGGAUCCAGUCCUAUUCCCGUAAUUUUACCACCAACGAGUUCGAUAUCGAUUUCCUCUAUUCAAUCAACUUCCUCCCUAAGUUCUUCACCCUCGAGCUAUUCAUCCCCACCUGUCGCAUCAAGCACAUCAGUUUUAAGUACCGCAUCAAGUUCUAAUGCUGGAAUAUCUGGUGUCUCCACCGGAACAAGCCAAACCAUCGUAGCAGUCCCUACAACUGCUAGUUCUCAAAGUUCGACUGUGGAUGAAAUAGCGGGAGCAUCAACUGGAAUCUCCAGUGCUUCGAUCGCCUCCAAACCAGCAUCCUCAAGUUCUUACGUACUCGUUGGAGUCUCAUCAGCCACCACAAAGUCAGAGGCUGUACCUAGCAGUUCUAGCAGUGCCGGAAUUGAUCUCUCUCUUGGAUUAGGCUUGCUAGGAGCUUCUCCCGGUGUAUCCACAGCAUCGAGCGCCACGAGUGCCCAAAGUGCUUUAACUUCCGAAAGUUCUGGUGUUUCUGGACCAUCAACAGGUACUCCCCAUAAAUCUAUCGAACUCAGCGCUAUCGAACCUUCAACCAUAAUUUCGAGUUCAAGCCAAAUUGCUGGAAUUUCUGGUGCAUCUACUGGAUCCGGAUCAUCGGCAACUAUCCCGAUCUCAGUCCCAACGUCGGUUGAGACUCCAAUUCAGAGUUCAAGUGUUUUAGGCGUUUCUGGAGAACCCACUGGUACUGCCCCAACCCUUAUUUCGAGUGCUUCUCAAUCCUCGGAAUCUUCAGCAGCCUACUUAUCUCCAUCUGGAUCAUCCCAAUCUUCCAGUGAUAUUGUCGGAACUGAUUCAACUGCAAGCACAAUUGUAUCUCCAUCAUCAAUCGCAUCGGUAGCUAGUCCUUCAAGCCCAAACCUUUUGGAACCAAUCGUCGCUUCUACAGGUUUGAUCCCAGCAAUCGUUAUUCUUCCUACCACAAAUUCAGGAUCUAGUUCUCAAAGUGUAUCAAUAACUUCAGCUGCUGCUUCAUCAUCUGGAAUUACGUUUGGUCCAGGUGGAAUCUUAUCUGGCUCAAGCUCUGUGGUUGGAAGUUCUUCCGAUAAAAGUGACUCUCCAGUUUCCGUCCCAACUGCCUCAUCAUCUGGUUUAUCACUCUCGAGCUCAGCAGCCACUACUGCGUCGGCCUCUGAUUCUUCUAGUGCCUCUGGUAUUUUGGGGUCUAUUGGAGGUGCAGUAGGUAGUUUGGUUAGCGGUGUGACUUCAAAUGUUGGAACAGCAGUUUCUCAAGUCACAAGUGCUAUUUUGCCAUCAGAUUCUUCAGUCUCAAGUUCAAUUGUUGGAAUUACUGGACCUUCCACUGGUAUUUCAUCUGAUAGUACUUUGGCUGGAAUUACUGGUCCCUCAACCGGCGUCCCAGAUAUCGUAGCCUCAAAUACUGCAUCUACAGUUAUCUCAGUACCUACAAGUCUGGCUGGAAUUAUUGGUGCCUCUACUGGUAUCUCAGCACCCUCAAUUACGGUUUCCGGAAUCAGUGGGAUCUCUACAGGAACCGCUCCAAUCUACAGCUCGGCAGUCGCCUCAUCUUCUUCCGGAGACUUGCUUUCAUCUUUGCUCGGUGGUGUUUCAUCUGAACUAUCUUCUGCCACAUCUGAAAUUCUCCCAACUUCUGCAAUCUCCCUCACAGACUCUAGUGCCUCGGCUUCGGCAUCAUCGGCAGGUAUUAUUGGAGCUACUACAGGUCUAUCCUCUGCCACAGAUGUGAGUGCUUCAGCCACAUCUGCAGGUGUUUCCGGACCUGCCACUGGUGUCUCUAGUGGAUCUGCAUCAACUACAGUUCCAGGUGGUUUACUCUCACCUCUUGUAUCUGGAGUCACAUCUGAUUUAGCAUCUGUAACUUCAAAUGUUGGGUCAAAUGUUGGGUCUAUUACAUCUGCUUUGAAUGCCACUAUUGGUUCUGUAACCUCAGAUUUAUUACCAACCUCGACAGCUAUAAGUUUGAGUGAUUCAUCUGCUGGAAUUACGGGUCCAGUAACAGGCAUUAGCUCUACCCCAACAUUGACUGGUCUUAUCCCUGGUGUUACUUCCCUUCUUGGAUCCGCUACUUCAGACCUUGGUUCUAUAACCUCAGAUUUAUUACCAACCUCGACAGCUAUAGGUUUGAGUGAUUCAUCUGCUGGAAUUACGGGUCCAGUAACAGGCAUUAGCUCUACCCCAACAUUGACUGGUCUUAUCCCUGGUGUUACUUCCCUUCUUGGAUCCGCUACUUCAGACCUUAGUUCUAUAACCUCAGAUUUGUUACCAAACUCGACAGCUACAGGUUUGAGUGAUUCACCUGCUGGAAUUACGGGUCCAGUGACAGGAAUUAGCUCUACCCCAACAUCGACUGGUCUUAUUCCUGGUGUUACUUCCCUUCUUGGAUCCGCUACUUCAGACCUUGGUUCUAUAACCUCAGAUUUGUUACCAAAUUCUACAGGUUUGAGUGAUUCAUCUGCUGGUAUUACGGGUCCAGUGACAGGAAUCAGCUCUAUCCCAACAUCGACUGGUCUUAUUCCUGGUGUUACUUCCCUUCUUGGAUCCGUUACUUCAGACCUUGGUUCAGUGACCUCUGUUUUAUCAUCAGAUCUUUCAUCUGCCACAUCUCUUGUAUCCUCGGAUCUUGGAUCACUCACAUCAAACAGUGCCGCUGCCUCUACAACUUUGGGUGGAACUGGUAUAUCUGCAUCAGCCACAAUAACUUCAGGAAUUGCAUCACCAACAGGUCUCAUACCAUCUAUAAUUUCUGGUGUCACUUCUAUUAUUGGUCCUUCCACAAAUCUUUCGUCCACAGCUGCUGGUUCCACUACUCCGUUAGUCAGUAUGAUUUCGAGUAUUCUUGGAUCUAGCACUAGCAGUGACUUCUCCGCCACGAUUACGAGUGGUAUUUCCAGUGCUACAGGUGCUCCAAAUGCUACAAUUAUCACUUCAGGAACAGAUUUUACAUCAAGUACUUCGAUUAGUCUUGGAUCUUCGUCAAUUUCGGGGACCAUCCUUCCAACCACAGCGAGUGGAAAUGGGACCUUAGCUUCAGUAUCUGCAACUAGUCUCUCCACCAGUAUCGAAACUGGAUCUUCUACAUUCAAGUCAAGUUCAGGAACAGGUGUGACUUCCUUGCCAACUUCAUCCCAAACUUCCGGCUUCAGUGGAUUAUCCAAUAUCACAGCUACCUCAAUUUAUGCUUCUUCAGGUUCUGCCUCACGCCUAUCAAGUAUCUCAAUUUCGGCCACAACGACUGCGAAUACAACGACAACUCAUAUUUCUUCAACGGCAGCCUCAUCAGCAACUGUGACAUCCGGAAGCUCGGUAACCACUGCUCCAUCCACAAGUGUUUCCUCAACGACGGCCUCUCCCACUCCAGAAAGUACAACUUCAAUUGUUAAAACCGAAACCCCUAGUCAGACAACGGCCCCCCUCACAAUCUAUCCAACAGCUACAAAUAAUGCUACAUCAAUGUGGCUUCCACAAACUAUUAUUGUUCAAUCAUCAUCAACAAAUCAAGCUUCUGCUACCAAUACUGCACUUGCGACCACUUUACCAAAAGUUAUCACUCCCAGUGGUUCUAUUGCAACAAGUCCAGAAAAUUCCACAUUAAUUCAACUUGGUUUCCUUUUCCAACUUAAUUACGCAUUUGUGGUUGCCAAUCCACUUUCAUCAGCACAGAUCUUUCAAUAUCUCCCAGUGGGUAUCGCAAGCGGGUUAGGAAUUCAAACAGAUCAGGUUGUCAUGCACAGUCUCAUCCCUUAUAAUACACAAUCCCAAUUGGAAUUCAUUACCACAUUGGCACUCGCUUACAUUCCAACCGACUUGGUCAGCACACUUCAGCUUGACUUACAUACUCCCACCGCAGCCAUCUACAAUAAUCCCGAUACUUCAGUUAGUACGUUGGUCAGCUAUAUCAAUCCUUCCAUUCCAUUGACACCUGGUUCCACCCUUGAAGGUGGUUCUGGAUCUGGUACGGAUAGUUCGGGAUCUGCAGCAACUACUAGUUCGUCUGGGGAUAGUGGUGUCUUUAAUACGGAUGCUCAAAACACAUCUCCCAAAGUGAAGAGCACGACUGCCGGGAUCGUUGUUGGAGCAGCAGGUGCCGCCGCGGCAUAUGGAGCUGCCAUGUUCUUCAUCGCUCGCAGAUACAAGAAACGCAAGCUGAGCCAUCGUCGUUCAAACUCCCUCACGAAUCCUUCAGAGAUGCGACAAUCUGGUGGUGGUGCUUUUACCGGGGGUGCGUUUAUGUCUGGUGGUCGUCUCACUCCGGGCGUGGGAAGCAAUGAUCGAAAUAGUGGAGGAAGCGGAAGAAGUGCGGGCAAUUCGGCUCGAACCCAACAAAUCUCGGCACCAAUGAUGGCGGAGAACUCGCUGGGUUGGAAUUGA